AUGGGUGAAGAGUCAGUACCUUUUUUGCUGGACCAAGGAACCACUAAAACAUACCAAAUACCUAUCGGUCAUCUGGACUACAAGUUCAUUGAAAAAUGCACAGAUGUUAAACACCUGGAAAAGAUUCUCAGGGUAUUAAGGUCUGGUGAAGAGGGAUGUUAUCCUGAACUUAUAUUGUUUUGUGAAAAGCGUAUUGAGCAUUUAGAUCCAAGGAGCAGAGCUCUCAGAAAAGAUAAGCCUGCAGCCACAGCUUCUGAUUUCACAGCUGAAGAAUGGGAAACAAUUAAUGGUGAACUAAUGAGCUGGGUGACAGAAAUGAGUGAAGAUGUUAUGAAACAACAGUUCCUGAGAACACACACUCUGCAUGAAAGACAAGAUAACUUGCCUCCUAUUCGUUGUUCGAGCAGCUGUUUUCCUGCUAAUCAGAACAAAAAAUUACAGAACAAAGAAAGAAACAAGAAAAACAUACCACGGGAUUACAGUGAAUGGGACAAAUUCGAUGUGGAGAAUGAGUGUUCUAAAAUUGAUGAUGACUGUGAAGAAAGGAACUCAAAAGCAAGAUUCUUUAGUAGUCCAAGUCUGCCUAUAAUCGAAAAGAAAAUAGACACAACUGGCAUGACAAAGAAAGACAAAAUUUUUAUUGCUACUCGUGAAAAAGACAAAGGGAAUGAAGCCUUUGCUGCUGGUGAUUAUGUGGAAGCAGUGACAUACUACUCUCGAAGUAUAUCAGUAAUACCCACUGCAGCUGCAUAUAACAACAAAGCUCAAGCAGAAAUCAAACUUCAGGACUGGGACAAUGCUUUGCAAGAUUGUGAGAAGGUACUGGAUAUGGAACCAAACAACAUAAAAGCUCUGCUGCGCCGUGCCACUGUACACAAUCAGCUGCAGAAUUACCAGACAGCUAUAGAGGAUCUGAACAAAGUAUUAUGUGUUGAACCAGAAAAUGCUAUAGCUAAGAAGAAUCUGCUGGAGAUUGAAAAGAAAUUGAAAAGUUUAAAGCCUAUAUCUGAGACUCAAGGCAAAGGAAAAAGAAUACUUAUUAAAGAUAUAGAGGAUUCAGAAGAUGAUGAAGAAAGAGGAGUAAAUGCAGAAGAACAUGAAAAAAGAGAUGGCGAUAAAAAAAUUGGCGUGCCAGAGCGAGGAGAGGCGGCUGGUGCGGAGGGUGGUGCCAUGGGGAACGCGCAGAGAAAGUUUCACGGCAAGGGAGGAGGCAAUAAGGCAGAGGACAGAGAAACACAAAAGCAGAAGGAAUCCACUGAGAGCGGAUUUAAAAAAGGCACGUCGGGGGAAAAGCCACAGAAACAUUUGUCAGACCAUGAAGGUGAAGUUAAUGGCUAUUUACACAGGGAUCAAAAGAAUGAAAGCCCCGAAGCUGAGAAGAUCAGCGGGUCGCAUGCAGCAGGGUUUCAGUCGGCUGGUGCUGGCAGUGCCACUUCACUUCCUCCUGCUGCCGCAAAGCUAAAAACUGAGGGAAAUGAGCUUUUCAAGAGUGGACAGUUUGGAGAAGCUGUGCUCAAAUACUCAGAAGCAAUUGAAUAUGUCACUGGUCUAGGAGAGCAAAGCCCAGAUGACUUAAGUAUCUUGUACUCAAACAGAGCAGCAUGUUACCUCAAAGAAGGGAACUGCAGUGACUGUAUUCAGGAUUGUAACAGAGCUCUGGAGCUUCAGCCAUUUUCUCUUAAGCCUCUUCUACGACGAGCAAUGGCAAAUGAGUCUAUGGAGCGGUAUCGACAGGCCUAUAUUGAUUAUAAAACAGUCCUACAAAUAGACAGCAGCAUCCAAGCAGCAAAUGAUAGUGCUAAUAGAAUAACAAGGACUUUAAUAGAUCAGGAUGGUCCCAAUUGGAGGGAGAAGCUGUCACCAAUUCCAGUUGUCCCAGUUACGGCUCAGCUGCACAGGUGGGAUGGAGGAAACUUCACUUCAGAGAACAAGCCAAGAAGUACCACAGAUAGCAAGAGGGAAGAGCAGCUGCAGAUGAAUCGUGAGAAGGCUGAGGAGAAAUUCAAGAUAUUAAAAAAAGAAGGGAAUGAUUUUGUAAAAAUGGGUAAAUAUGAAGAAGCUGUAAAUAAAUACAGUGAAUGUAUGAAGUUAAACCCUGAGGAGUGUGCCAUCUACACAAACAGAGCUCUCUGUUACUUGAAACUGUAUAAAUAUGAAGAGGCUAAGCAGGAUUGUGAUCAUGUUCUUCAGAUAGAAGAUUCUAAUGUUAAAGCUUUUUAUAGAAGAGCACUAGCGUACAAAGGAUUACAGAAUUAUCAAGCCAGUGUUGAUGAUUUCAGCAGAGUACUUCUAAUAGAUCCAAAUGUUCUUGAAGCAAAAAAGGAACUGGAGGAGGUCACCCAACUGCUUAACCUUGACAGCAGUGCUGUAGCUGGCAGUCAAGAAAAGCAAAGGAAGAAAGUAACCAUACAAGAGGUGACUGAAUCUGAUGAAGAGAGACAAUCUGCUCCCUCAGAAGAUGUAACUGAUCACGUUACUUCUAAGGCGGCAGCUAACCAGAGGGUGCCACUGAAGGCCUCCGAGAAGCUGCGGAUUGUUGAACCAUGUAAUGCUUAUGACUUUGGUCAGAUUAUAAACGCAGUGAAUACCAACAAGGAUAAAGCUGCCUGUGCAGAUCUUUUAACAAUUACCGAUCCCCAAAAAUUGCCAGUGCUGCUAAGUAACAAACUUGAAGCAGACAGCUUUUUGAUUUUCAUCCAGUCGUUGGACUGUUACAUCGUUGGGAAGGAUCCUGGCCUUGUAUAUCGGCACCUCUUCUACUUGAGCAAAGCAGAAAGAUUUAAGGUUGUGCUGGCCCUUCUCAGCAAAAAGGAAAAAGAACAAGUUCAGCAGCUCUUUGACUUGCUUUCAGAAAAGCAGAAUGAUCAGUACUCUCUGGAAGAUCUCGAGAGCCUUAAAAAGGUUUAUGAACUUUAAGAAGUUAAAAUGUAUUGGUUGCAUGCAUAUAGUUGUGUUUAGAAGAUGGAUGAACUCUGCAGUCUUGCCUGGGUUGAAGUGGUUCCUUACCCCGACUGUUGGAAUUCUGUUUGGGUUUGACAGCAUAUGCACCUUUAAAACUUGCUGCUCUUUUUUUCUUUCCUAGCUGUGUACAUUUUUAAUCUCUAGAAUUUAACACACGUCCUCAUGCUUAGUAAUGGUUCAUGUUCUGUGGUGUACUCAUCUCAUUUAGACUGUGCUCAUUCCAUAUGUAAAUAUAUGCUUUGCAUUCUAUAACUGAUGUGAAACAUCUUGAUGGUACGAUGGAUAAUCUACUUUUAGUCAUUUGGUGAGUUGUCUGUUCUUGUGAUAAAGAAAUGUCUUCAGGAUAAACGGGUCAGUUCACAGUAACUCGGCUACAGUGAGUUUACAGAGAGUGUUAACGUUUUUCAGAUGAACUCCUCCAGGCCAUCAGCUGUUUCUUCACUAUUCCUGGUCUGUACAAAACCAAUGGAAAUCUUUUUGGUGCAGCACAGCUUAGCAACAAAGGUGGAUAAAUAAUUGGUGAGCUUGUUAUGGAACACUUUGAAUCAAAAUAAUAGAUUAUUGAAGAAAUGGGUGUGGUUGAAAUGGUUAACAAAGGAGCAAUUUUCAGUGCAGAGAGAAGGGGUUUUUUCCCUUUGGGUGUGGGACUGCUGCUGAAGUGACAGCAGAAACAAGCAGCUGCUGUUCACAGUAAAAGUAUUUCACCUCAGAUUUCUGUACCCAGCUGAUUUGAAACUCCAGCUAUUUCUGUUUACAGACAUAGUUAUAAAACUAAAAGUAAAACCAGUUUGUGGACCAGUGAGGGUUUUUUUAUUUCAGGCAGUACUUACAUUGUAUAUUUGAUUCUGACAAAGCUUUUUUCAAGGUGAAGCUUUUAAAUUUUUCAAAUACCCUAAUGCCUUCUUUGCACAUGUGAUACACACGUGUAUCAGACUCCCCAGCACUGCAGAAGCACCAGUAAGAGUGUUGUUCUAGUGAAAUUUUUUUCCUCAGGUAUAUACGAAUUAAAAAAAUAAAGGUGUUUGUUCCUUGGGAAGUACAA